GAAAGAUGAAGUUUAAAACCUUCAUUCUUCUAAUAUUUCUAUUUGGAAAUUGUCAAUGUUACAGCAUUUUUGAGGAAAAUGUGGAUUUUACAUACAAUAUCCAAACAAGUGUUGAGUUAAUUCCAGACGUGUCUGAUAAUUUUGAGACGGUUACCAAAUGGGAUUUUAAUGGAACUCUUAAAAUUCAAAGGCUUGAUAGUAACACAGUCGCUUUGAAACUUAACAUCGAUCGAGAUGACGAAGAAUUAAAGCCAUUGAUGAAACCAUUCAUUCUUAAGUCACUCAAUUUCUCAGAAUCUUCAAUAUAUUUAAAACAACAUCCACAAAAAGCUAUUGGACUUUCAGAAUUUGAGCCAAUAUGGUCAGCAAAUAUAAAAAGAGCUAUUGUGUCACUUUUUCAAAUUGAAGGAAGCUCCGAGAACGGAGCAUAUGUUUCAAAUGAAUUCGGUCUUAGUGGUUUAUGUCCAACAGAAUAUUAUGUCGUUAAUGCAUCAGAUUCACUUUCAAUAUCGAAGAUUUAUGAUAUGGAUAGAUGCCAAAUUCACGGAGGAAUUUUUGAGAUUCGAUCAAAUAUUCCAAUUAAUAUCUGUGAAAUGGGAAAGAAUAAGGCAAUGCAUGCAGUCACGUCUCGAUUGGGUGAAUAUAAAUUAAUGAAAUUGAAAAACUCGAAAUACUUAUUAAAAUCAAUUCAUGCUGAAUCAAAAAGCAAUGUCCAGGCAUCAGAGUCUUAUUAUCCACAAUUCAUAUUCAGUAAAAUUUUUAUUAAUUUAAUAUCGCAGACUGAACUUGAGGAUAUAAAUAGAAUACGAUUUAAUGAAAGUCAACGAAUGUUUCAAAGUGACUUUACGUAUGUGCGUCCGAUUUUGGAAGCAACAGGAGGACGUGCGGCAAAAACAUCAGAUCAAGUUAUUGAAACUGUUAUAAACAUGCUUACUGAUUUAGCACAGAACCUUGAAAAUAAGGAUUUAAAUUUUGAUGAACCAUAUAUGGAAAUUAUAUCAGAGAUUCUUAGACUCUGCGAAACAAUGAAUUUUGAUGCACUGAAGAAGUUAUAUGAUCAAAUUGAUAUUGGCACGAGCUACAUACAAGAAACAUCAAGGAACAUAUUUUUAGAAAUACUGCCAAGAAUUGGCACCUCUUCGUCUGUUUUAGUGACCAAAUAUUUGAUCAUGAAAAAACACGUUCGUCCAACAACGGCUGUGCAACUUCUUACUGCCUUGCCAUUUUUCAUCUCAGAACUUUCAUAUGAUUUAGUAAAGGAAUGCGAGGAAUUUUUACACAUUGGAUUAGAUCGACCAGAUGUUAAACACUCGGCUGUUCUUAGUUAUUCAACGAUGAUUUAUAAAGCAUAUGUUGCUGGUGCUCUUAUUAAGGAACAAUUUGAAAAAUAUGUCAGAAUGGUUUUUGAUCUGUUUUUAAACAGUUUCGACUAUGAACAACAGAUGCUUUAUCUAGAAGCUAUGGGAAACUUACAAUUAGGAAACGUCCCAAACUACCUUCAACCAAUCAUCCAAGCUGAUUACUCUCAAACAACAGACAUAAGAUUUUUAGCCAUUUUCGCUACACUUCCUACAGCUUAUUCACGACCAACAGAGGUUUUUGAGACUUAUUGGCCAAUUUUCUAUUCAAAGACGACCCCAUUACAGCUUAGAAUUGCAGCUUUUCAGAUGCUUUUAGUGUCCGCUCAGACACCUGGAAGAGUAUUGGGAUUGUACAAUGUGAUAAAGAAUGAAAACUGUCCGCACAUGAUCAACUUCUAUCGUACAACAAUUUUAAGUAUUUCUGAAUCAACAAAUUCUUGUUUAGCUCAUCUGAAGCGAUUGGUGUUGUACAUGCGUCCACAUCUACCACCUGCACCUCCCAAGAAAUAUUGGAUCACUGGAAAUUACAUCUUCGACUAUAAAGACCGAAAAUUUCAAAUUGGAUCUAUGGUACAAGUCAUGCUUAUUGGGGAUAAGCGAAGAGAUUUACCGUUAAUUGCAUUCCUUAAAUUCGAUACUGAAGCUAUGGGAAGAUUUACUGGACAACUUGGAGUAUACAUUAAGGCUAGAGGAUUAUCUGAUGCCAUACUUGAUAGAAUUUACAAUAUGAAUCUUGACAACUUAAAAUUUGAGGAACUAUCCAACAUCCUAAAAUUUAUGAAAAUGCAGCCUAUACAGUCAACACCACUGCAUUUAGAAUUUAUAGUUCAACUCGAAGGAAAAACAAUUUUAUCUUAUUACUUGAAUCAAACGACGUUCUAUAACUUAACAGAUGGUGAUCUUAUAAACAGGAUUAAUCUAGUGUUACGUACAGACAGUCACAUCAAUAUGCAACUGAUUAGACGACCAUUCAUAAUAAAGCAUGGAUUCUCAACCUUAAUCGGAACACCUGCCUACAUUUUACUAGAAAACACAAUGAUUGCAAGCAUUCGUGGAUCAACAACUCAAAGUAUUGAUAAAGAGAAGUUGACUAGAAAUAAUCAAAUGGACUUAAGAUACUCAACGUAUGCAGUCUCAAAAAUACUUAGCUACAAUCCUUUGGACGAUAUCGAGUUCUCAACGAUUAGAGAACAAGGUUUUCUUGUUUAUUUGCCAAUAAAUAACGAAAUCAAACUAAACUUAUUGGAAAAACAUGUCACAUUUUCUUUAUAUCGCAAGGAACCAAUAACUUCAGGCUUAUCGUUGAAAUCAAGGACACGAAGCUUUUCUGGAAUUAAUAAAAUAGCUAAGCAGAAUCAUGAAAUACCAGUAUAUAAAUUUAAUCUAGAUGAUAUAGGAAUCAAUGUCAUUAUUGGACAUAACGUGGAGUCAUCAAAGGAAAAUUUAAUGUUCCUGUUUGAAUCUGAUGUAGCUACAUCCGCAAAAGUAUUCACUAGAACUCCAUACUCAAUUAUUCAGAAUAUUCUUACAGUUAUAUCAAUGAUUCAACUUACAAGUAUCCAUAUAUCAAGAGAUAAGCACCUGACUAUCUUACUAGCUAAUGAGCCAAAUUCUAAAGUUGAAUUAGGAUUUAAGUAUAAAACUGAGGAUGUAAAGACACCAAAAGAGAAAAGUGUGGUCACAAUAGAUUGUAGUUUAUUGCAUAUUCAUGACUAUGACAGUGUUCAUUCGAAGCAGCUACACAAAUGGGAAUUUUCAACAAAAUAUACAACAUUCAAAAAUAGUAAGGCAAGCAAAGCAAUUGUGUCACUUAAUCGCAAGACAAUCAAUGGUGAAAAAUGGAAGCUAUGCAUUACAAGUACGAUUGACGGUCUUGUACACUUCAAAAAGCCCUUCAAAUUCACCAGCAACAUUACUUUUGGUAAUCAUGAUGAUGUACUUCAAUAUUGUCCUAAUGAUAAGUCUAAAAUCGAUUUGACUCUGCUUAUUGGAUCUCCACAAAAAGCUAAUGAGACAUAUGAAGGAAUUACUGUACAAGAUCCUAAACGAUGUACCAAAGAAAUAGUCAAGUUUUCGCCAGUUCCACAAUUUAAGGAUUGCAAAACCAGUGAUUUAGAAAAAGUGCUAUCUAUCAAUGAUGUGAAAUUGGAUGCAUAUUUUGAGAAGAUGCCUGAUGCAUUUUAUGAUAUCUCGUCGAGAGCAGAUCACAUAUUCUCAGCAAUUAUGCCACAAAGAGUUUCAGCUUUAAAUAUUUCAAAUUACAUCAAUCUGGAAGUCAAACUUUUAUUAAAUGACAAUCAAGAGACGUUACUUACAAUCAAUGAAAAUACAGUUUCAUUGCCUAUAACUGCUGGAUGCGAUUUUAAGGAAAGUAGUUGGGAAGGGUCGUUUGUGGAUUAUAGUCUUACUAGUGUUUGCAGUUUAUAUAAAGAUAAUUUAAACACAUUGGAUGGAAAUGAUAUGAUUUUAACAGAUAAUAUCCGAAAUGGAAACUCGUACAAAAAUGAUAUGCUGCUAUUUGCCGAAUGUGCUGAGAUUUCACGACUUGCUAUGUUAGUCGAGUACAGUAAUGACACAAAUGAUUUCCUGCAAGUUAAAAUUAAUGCAGGAAGUCGAUUUAUUUUCAUAAAAGCAGACAGAAAGCCUGUUAUAUUUUAUGACAAUAAGGAAUAUGACUUGACCAAAACUACUUUCGAGUAUCCGACAUUCGACAGUUUUAUUAGAAUCUCACUCAACGACGACUCAUUAAUCGAAAUCGAGAAUGAACUCUUAAAAGCCAAAAUACAGUACAACAUGGAGAAUCUCAUUUCCAUUUCAAUUCCAACAAUAAUGAAAGGAAAAAUCUGUGGACUUUGCAAUGUUCAUAAGAAUAAUUGUUAGGACUUUAUAUGCAACUAUUUACCAUAAAAUGCUCAUAAAUAAUAAUUUAAUAAAUAUUUUUACUGCCACACUUUGCUUAAUAUCUGAAACACAGUAUAUACCAGUA